UUAACAAAAUCAAGGUCCAUCCCACUUCCCCUACGGACCAGAGUAUGCGACGAGGGCAUGCUGCUAUUGUCAUUGGUGAGGCUUGAGCCUGAGUUCGAUCUAUUCCAUUACUGGUGUUGAUCAUCAUCUAAGGCCGCAUCAUGCAUAUAUUCACUCAUAACUACUUUGUGCAUUAUUACGGUGAAGACUGCGUGAGACUGAAGUUUGAACGAUCGGUCCACGGUUGGGCAUAUAAACCAUCACCAUUGAUGGUCAUUCUCGCACCCCUUCUGUUCUUUGACCCCGUGGCUCAAGUCCAAGAACUGCACAAGAUUUUUGUGGACGAGGUUGCUUACACGUCACGGUGGAAUGAAUUCUGUUCAAAAUUCAAAGGGCAGCUUCAGGGCUCCAACCUCUUGGCCACUGUCUUACUCAAUGCCAACGUUGGGUUUCUUGCCAUCAACACUGUUGAUAAAGGCGGUAGAGAUGCCAUUCAGUUGGCAAGCUACAUGUCCUUGGUGACGAGCUUGGGGAGCAUAGUCCUCGGCCUGUCCUUUGUCUCAUAUGAUCGAACCUCUGGACAAAAUACAGCCACGGAAGUGGUAGAAUUUCUAGGAAGACUUCAUGACAGAAAACACGGACUGGAAAAGUUGGCUAUAAUCUAUAGCCUCCCCAGGGCAUUGCUGAUGUGGGGACUUCUGGAGAUAUGACUUCAGGACUAUUGUUGGGACUGUGACACUGGUCGUAUUGGUGAUGAUUUCAAACAGUAUCAUUCUCACCAGGGGGCCAACCUGGCUAUGUGGAGACAUUGCCAAGAAACUAUCGUCUCG